UAGAGUGAUCGUUGUUGAUUAAAAACAUAUGGUUAGCGAUUAAAUACCGCGCCACGACAGUAAAUAAACAAUAUGCCAAACAUCAAAGCAAACAGAAUUCGUGCGCAAGUGAGCGAAUCAUCCAAAUAAUCGCCCUUAUCGCGAGUUAUAUUUUCACCCGAAAAAUUUCACCUUUUUUGUUCGCCUUAUCGGCAUGGUAUUUUUCAUGUUCGAAAAAUAUUUCGCCUUAUUGGCAACUCUUUAUUCGGGCGAAAUGAACGAGCGGGAAACAGAAAUUUAUUCACGUUUGUUUUGCAGGCGAACACGAAAGAAUUCCAAUGAGUAAAUUCAUAAAUAAAUCGCAAUCUGAGAGGCUGUUGGAUGAAAUGCUGCAAAACCGUACAUAGAUGUUAGAGUUCAAAUUUUUAAACCCACCACUUCAGUAUCUCGGUACGGUAGCCUCAUAAAGGCAACAUUAAUGUGGUAGCACUAAUUAUGGGAAACCUCAACAGCUGAUUGUGGCAAUCGCAUAAAUUGACGUAGCGUCUUUUGUCGAGUGCAGCAACAAAAAACUUCUGACGUGUGCAUCAAUAAUUGACAAAUUAGGUUUCAUUCCUGCCUACCGAAUCGGUAUUUCCAAUUGAUUUAUUUCGUGGCAACAUAAGACUCGGAUAUUUUAUUACACAUUCACUCGCUGCAUCAGCUACUAUAAAAUGAAAAUACCAGAGAAGAGCAGAUUUCUUAUAUACUCUAUGAGUAUUUUCUUUCUUUACUUCUUGUUCGGUAUCGUGCAGGAGAAAAUCACCCGUGGACGCUACGGUGACGAACCGAAUGAGGAUGGCAAAGUGGGCGAGCGUUUCACGUAUGUGCUGGCCUUAGUGUGGGUGCAGUGUUUUUGUAAUUUCAUUUUCGCCAAAGGAAUGUUAUGGACUAAAAAAGCGAAGAAAGAGGAUCAAACACAUACGGGUUAUUACGCUGUGUGCGCACUCACCUAUCUGCUAGCAAUGGUCGCGUCCAAUAUGGCGCUACGUUGGGUGCCUUAUCCCACGCAAGUGGUUGGCAAGUCAGCUAAACCAAUACCGGUAAUGAUAUUGGGUGUAUUAAUUGGCCGCAAAUCAUAUUCCUGGGUACGUUACGUCUGUGUAACAUCAAUCGUUGUUGGUGUAGUAUUGUUUAUGUACAAGGAAAGUCAAAUUGCACACUUGCCAAAAGAAACCACUGGCUUAGGUGAGCUUUUGCUUUUUCUGAGUUUGGCCAUGGAUGGCUUAACCGGCGCAAUGCAAGAUCGAAUGCGCGCUUCAAGUGCGCCUACGGGGCAGCAAAUGAUGUUUGCCAUGAAUUUUUGGAGUACUAUUAUGGUCAGCUUUGCAACAAUUCUUACAGGUGAAGCAAAGGAAUUUUUGCACUUUGCUACGCGCCAUCCUGAGCUCUGGGGACACUUGGCAAUGUUGGCGCUGUGCGGCGCUUUGGGCCAACUUUUCAUCUUUCUUAUGGUAGCCAAUUUCGGACCGCUAGCCUGUUCUGUGGUGACAACAACACGCAAAUUCUUUACUGUACUAUGCUCGGUGGUACUAUUCGGUAAUGUGCUGAUACCCAGGCAAUGGCUUGGUGCGUUAUUAGUAUUCGCUGCGCUCUUCUUUGAUAUGUUCUAUGGUAAGCGCAAUGAUAAGAAAACUGCGGCAGCGAAGAAGUCGGAAGGUGAUCUUGUGGAGGACAAGAAAAAAUUGAUAUCAUAACAUUUAAAUGAAAUAGUAUAGCUUUAGAUGAUUUUUUAAAUACUAUUUUGUAAUAUGCAUAAGAUAUUACAAGUGUGGCGUAGCUUAAAGCUAGUCCAUAAAAGGCAAGAACUAAUGGAACGUAAUGGCAUAGUGCAAUUUAGACCGAACUCUAUUUCCAUAGUUAAUUUCUCUGCAACUUUUGCCGAAAAACAAUAACAAAAUAUUUGGUAUAAUUUACUGUAUACCGAACCUGGUCUGAAGCCUCAUAUUUAGAGCACAAUUUUCUAGUGCUCGCAAGCUGUAAAUUAAGCAUGUAAAAUUGAUUUUUUGAACUUUAGUUUUGCAUUAAUUGAAUUUGUACUUAGUGUGUAAUUUGUAUAAGAGACAAAAACAAAUAGAAUUUAUUUUCCAGAACAACAACAAAGAAUUCGGCAUUUUGUAACUCCACAUAUCGCUCAUUUACUUCAACAGUGUCAUAACUCAAAAAACAAGAUUUUUUAGUUAAAUACGAAAAAAUGUGCUCAAUAUCAUGGUUAAUAUUGUAUAAAAAAGUCUUUGUGAUUAGUAGAAAAUUGAGCGCGUGAGAUGAAAAUGUGCCGUUAUUCCACUUGUUGUGACGCGUUGUUUUUUUUACAACGGCAUCGACACAUUUCAGUUUAACUUCAGUCGUCGUCGUGUAAAGAUUAUUAGUUUUUCAAAAAAAACGAUAUAUUUUGAAUUACAGCGAUUUAUGUGAAAAGGUAGUUAUAUUUUUCGUGUUGCUAAUUUUCA